CUCCAGCAUUAAGUGCUGGAAAGUUAGGAUUUGAUCACAUAAGGAAGGGGGUUUCCUUACUAUAUGCGAACAUGCCAUCUUUACCUAUACCUGCAGGAGUCGAUGUUGCUUCAAUGCAAUCGAAUGAUUUUGAAGCCGAAGAACAUACCACAGGUCAACAUCAACCUUUAGUCAUUCUCCCCUCAUGGUACGCCUGGUGGUCGUAUGCCGUUUUCCACAUCGCGUUGAGGAGCAUCUCCCUAGGGCUCUGUCUUGUCAUUCUCUGCAGUGCCAGCCAUGCCACGUCAAGGGCAGGAUAUCAGUAUGGGAGAGCCAUGAUUGGCAUCUGUGUUGCGCCCUUGCUCACCUUGACAACUAUUCCAGGUCAUCUUCACCUUGAUAGUCGACCUCGCUCAGGCUUCCGAGCUGGCCAACCCGACGAGAAGGCACGUCGCCAUCGUCCCAACGGAGGCCUUGCCUGCCUUGAGGUCCUGACUGUGGUCAUCUGCAGCGUUCUCCCCGAAAUGGUGUUCUUGGCAGUCGAUGGACUCGGCCGCUCUGGUGGCUACUGUCCGUACAACCGUCAUGUGAACGAGGAGUGCGAGGCCGAAUUGAGACUGUGGCGAGAAGUAGGCUCCUAUGUCACGUUGUCCAUGACACUCCCCCUCGCUUUGGUGUAACUGGACUCUCCUAGCUUCCCUCGCGGGGCUUCUUUCUUGCGUUUAACGUAAGGUACAUGGUAAAUUAUGUGCUGAUGCUGAGGAGCAGCGGACUUCAUCUCAUCUUUUCCAUUCUUGGUUGUAUCGCCUGCGGCAGGCGGACAAGCUGAGGAGAUUCCGUGAACUGAGCGUUCACGAUAAGGACACUUCUUACUAUAAGGGAUGGUAAAU